AUCCAAUACACCGUAGGUGGUUCAACCUGGCUGAAUUCUGCGGCCCAAUACCCGGCCCAUUCCACACGGCCGCCAACAUGGAAUCCAACGCCAACCCUCGAGCCCCCAGCCAAUGGGAACAGUACAACGCGUACUGCUCUGUCCCAGGCGCGCCCGCCAAACAAACGAAACCGUCACGCUAUCCAUCCAGAGCCUGCCUCCCGCCGAGGCAGAUUCUCCAUUCCUCACACCUCCGCCCGCCCUGGUACUCGAUUGUCAACCCCAACCGCAGCGCCUACCCCAACGGUCGAGCUGAUAUUGGCGACGUGCAUUCGUUUACCCGCGAGGGUCACGCUCUGCUGCAGGAGUUCCAGGCCAACAUCACACAGUGCGCCAAGAAUGAUUCAAUUCGAACUCAGCUGCGCGAGGUGUUGAAGGGGGAGGCUGGAGGGUUGGCGAGUAGUACCACUCGGAAGGUGUAUGAGGUCAACGAUGUCUGGCGCCGUAUUUCUGAGGGUGUGGACAGCGACCGGCUAGGCACAGCCGCCAAGGUAUCGACUUCUUGCCAGGUACCUGGCGACCCGACGCGGCUGAUCUGCGUUUACACCAAGGACUCCACGGAUGUCGCUGAUGUGAAGAGAGUCCUGCACGCCCUGGUGGAUAUGGGCUUUGUCACGGCGCACAUGCCAGAAGUGUGACGCUUAGACCUACUCGGAUAUCUAUGGGAAGAAUGAGUAUGGCAGAAAGUUGAGAAUCCCUCAGGGACUGGUGCCUUGCAUGGGAGAAUGAACAUCUGGUAUGGGGAGAGGAGGGCCGACUCGAAAAGAUCUUGUAUGCCGCCACGGCAGAAAGGGGAUCUGAGUCUUGCUGCGGCAAGCCUUAGUCAGGAGAAAACUAGGAAAUAGAAGCACUGUGUGAGCGCACUCGGCUCACAGGAGGCGCCAGCCAAGAUUCCCAGGAA